AUGGAUGGCAGGAAUCCGUACGACUCAAUUCUAUCACAUGCGCUGAAAGGAAAAAAAGAAGAAACCAACCAGGCAAUAAAUGUAUAUAAAGAUGAGCUGGUGUCUAAAAUUGAUGCUAAUUAUAGAAGACUUUCUCCCAUUGCAGAAUUUCCGUACUGCACGUGUUCUCUUUCUGAAGACAGGUUAGAUAAAGCAGUGGAAAUUGAGAAAAUUAAUGUGGCAUUUGACUCUAUGCAUAUAAAUAUUUUAACCAAGAUGUCUAAUACAAACAAACCUAAGAGUAAACAGGAAAGUAUACUCCCUAUAAAACAGAAAAUAAGAAGAGAUGUGAUUAUUCUCAAAUGCAAAUGUACAGAAAAGAAACAAAUUGAUUGGUCAGAAUCUAUUAAUAUAAAACUAUUGGGCCUUCUAACUGAUUAUGCAUAUAAAACGCUGAGUCAUCUUACGUUAAUAAGUGAUUUGGUAGAUCCAAAAAAUGAAAUAGAGAAUGAAGAAAAAGAAGAAGAGGUACUACACUCAGAGGAAAUAGUUGAAUACCUAAAGAAGAACAUAACAGAUGUAGACACAGUAGAGUGCCUUACGUCAGGGGAUACAGAGGAGAGAAACAAUUUGUUAGCAAAGAUAUUAAGAGAAAGCAGACAAAAGAAAUAAAUAGGUA